AUGUUGAUUGUACCGCAGGAAGCACUUGAUUUUAAGUUGGAUUUAAGGAUUACAGUGGGUAUUGAGCAAGAACAGAAUGAAGUUGCCACUGCUGAGUUAGCCAAGUCAAAAUCAACUACGGAAUCAAAGUUGUAUAAUCAUAAGCUCAAGAUGGCUCUCGUAACAAAAUUUCUUUACAAAGGGGUAUUCGGCUCUUUAAUUGUAAUUGAUUGCACAGUUAAUCAAGAGCAUUCUGGCUGCCAAUUUACCGAAGGUAGCCGCCAAGAAUUCGAUCAUAACCGCCGGGAUUCAAGACGCCCUGGUUUCAGCCUUGGCACGGUCCCCAAUCAGACUAAUCUGGCUUGA